GGUCGCUCCGCUGUGGGAUCGCUGGGGGCGCUAAUGUGUGCAACACCCGGUGUUUGAGUUGCGGGAUGGAGUUUCGCUGACACACACACACACACACAUAUACAAAAGCGUUACGGAAUAUUUGUUUUGACCCUGUCUGUCCACUAACAAAGCCAAAUCUACCGGGCGCACCUACCCGAGCAGAAUGGCCGAUAAUAUUAUCAUCAGGGUGCAGUCCCCAGAAGGGAUGAAAAAAAUUCCUUCUACAAAGAGGGAGACAGCUGCUGCUUUUUUAAAGAAGGUGGCCAAAGAAUUUGGGUUCAACUCUAAUGGGUUUUCGAUUUAUCUGAACCGCAACAAAACCGGAGAGCUCGUAUCCCAGAACAAAACCCUCAGCCUUCUCAAGAUCAAGCAUGGGGACAUGUUGUUUUUGUUCCCUUCAGAAUCCUCCACCUCCUCCGGGGAGGUUAUGGACACGGCCACCCCUCACACAUCUUCGUCACUACCAUCCGUCUCGUCCUCUUCUUCGUCCUCCAUGAUCCCCCGGUCCUUUUCAGCGCCCCAGGUCCAGGAAGAUGAGAUCGAUCAGUAUCUGGCCAAGCAAGAUGGCAAGAUCUACAGAAACAGAGAUCCGCAGCUAUGUCGCCAUGGUGCCCUUGGGAAGUGUGUGCACUGUGUACCGCUAGAGCCUUUUGACGAAGACUACCUGAAUCACCUCGACCCACCAGUGAAGCACAUGUCAUUCCACGCAUACCUUCGCAAGCUGACGGGUGGCGCUGAUAAGGGGAAGUUUGCUGCUCUGGAGAACAUCAGCUGUAAGAUAAAGUCAGGCUGCGAGGGUCACCCUCCCUGGCCGGAAGGCAUCUGCACCAAGUGCCAGCCGAGUGCCAUCACAUUGAACAGACAGAAAUACAGACAUGUAGACAACAUCAUGUUUGAGAACCACACCAUUGCUGACCGCUUCUUGGACUUCUGGAGGAAGACGGGCAGUCAGAGGAUGGGCUACUUGUACGGCAGAUACACGGAGCACACAGACAUCCCCCUGGGCAUCAGAGCGGAAGUGGCUGCCAUCUACGAACCCCCACAGAAUGCCACCCAGAACAGCCUGGAACUGUUGGAUGAUCCCAAAGCUGCAGCCGUGGACGAGAUUGCUGCCAAACUGGGCAUGUGCAAGGUGGGGUGGAUCUUCACGGACCUGCUGUCUGAGGAUACGAGGAUAGGCACCGUCCGCUACUCGAGAAACAGCGACUCGUAUUACCUGAGCGCGGAGGAGUGCAUCACAGCGGGAUACUUCCAGAAUGAACAUUCAAACCCCUGCAGACUUUCUCGAGACGGACACUUUGGAUCCAAAUUUGUGACUGUGGUCGCGACAGGUGGUCCAGAUAACCAGGUGCACUUUGAAGGAUAUCAGGUGUCCAAUCAGUGCAUGGCUCUGGUGAGAGACGAGUGCCUACUGCCCUGCAAAGACGCUCCCGAGCUGGGCUACGCUAAAGAGUCGAGCCCUGAGCAGUACGUACCAGACGUCUUCUAUAAGGACAAAGACAAAUUUGGAAAUGAUGUCACGUUUCUAGCUCGACCUCUUCCCGUGGAGUAUCUUAUUAUAGAUAUAACCACAACUUUUCCAAAGGACCCCCAAUAUACCUUUUCUUCUUCGCAACGCUUUCCCAUUGAAAACCGGGAUAUUCUUGGAGAGACACAGGAUUUUCACAGUUUAGCCACAUACCUGUCCCAGUGCACCUCCACAUCAUUCCUGAACAUCGUGUCAGACUUUCAUCUUCUCCUCUUCCUCGUCACCAAUGAAGUCAUGCCUCUGAGAGACAGCAUCGGGCUGCUACUUGAAGCAGUGAAGACUUCUAAUGAGGAUCUGGCACAGACCUGGAAGAAGUCUGAGCAGUGGGCCACCAUCGAGCAGCUGUGCAGUACAGUGGGUGGGCAGCCCUCCAGCUCUCUGGAUUACGGGGCCAUGGGCGGCCCCUCGGUUCCUGCCUCCUCCUCCGCCAUGUGGUCCUGCCUCCACUGUACCUUCAUGAACCAGCCCGGCACUGAGCACUGUGAAAUGUGCAGCCUGCCCCGCAGUUAAAACCCUUCGCCCUCGGCCCUGCUUCCACACCCUUCACCGAUCGAGCUCAGUCACUUCACCAGGACCAGCUGCGAGACUCUGACGGCGUCAGCGAUCUUUUCUUUUCUCGCCUCGCGUCGAAGCCUCUGCCCUUCCCAUCUCACAGGCUGCUGUGACGUGCAGAGGGAUUUGCUCGUUUACAUCAAUUUCACUGAGUCAAAAUAAAGUUGAAUCAGAGGGUUUUUUUUGGUUUGUAUCCCUUCACACUGUUGCUUUUCUGAGAGGCAGAAUACAUUUUAGAUAAAGCACUCUGUGGCUGAGACCCCUUUCACUCAAAUAAUCCCGCCGCCCUCCUCGGCUCAAACAUCCUGCUGUGACUCAGGACAACAGCGAAGACUCGAGUGUUUGGAUUUUUUCUCACACCAGUGCCCCGCUCACUGUCACAAUGUCUUCUGGAAAAUCUUGCUGUGUAUAAAUACAUUUAAGAGUUGAUACUGUUAAUUUAAUUAAGCAUUUUUCUUUUUUGGUUUUUUAUCAGAUUGUAGCGUAUACUUUAACAUUUUGAAUCUUCAGAGUGGGCUCGGCUCCGUCAGGUUUUCAUAGGUCUCUUUGAUGAGCCCCUUAAAGUACAAUCAUCAGUCAAAGCUCAGACCUGGAAACGCUGCGAGCUGCAGAGUAAUCCCGCUUAAAUAGAGUUUCUAUUUUCAGUAUUAAAUUUGAAAAGACGCCCUCCUCUGAUCGAACACGUUGGUGAUGAUCGCCCUUUUUUUUUGAAUGAGCCUAAAGUUGUUUUUUUGUGUUGCUGGUUUUUUGUAGCGUUUGAAUUUGGUGGUUUGAACUCGAGCAGGCACAAUAUGUAGCUUCUUAUUUUAUCAGCUGUAUGUUCUGUGUCUCUGUUAAACUACAUCCCCAGGACAACCACCCGCCUUCAUCGUUCUCUUCACCGACUCGCAGAGUAUCAUCCGUGAGGUGCUUUAGAAACAACCGGUGCUCGCCACUUUCACCUCCCUGCCUGCCAGCCAGGGCAGAACUGAUGUUCCUCCACUGAUGGUCCCCUGCAGGUUUUCUUUUCUUCUUAAUCACUCUGUGUGCGAGGGGUCGCAGGUGAACACGGGGGGGGGAACACCCAAUUUAAACCUGCAAACUAGAUGGCACCACCUCCCAAAAUCCACGUUAAACCCAGAGUCUGUUCAUCCAAUUUACAGCAAAUUACUUUGCAGUAUCAUAGCAGGAAAAGCUUUGGGUGUAUUAGUGAUUUUUGAAAUCAGUCCACCUGUAUUUUACCUGCUUACACCGGCAGAGAUGUCGGCUGUAAAAGAGGAUCUGUGGAAGUAAAGGGAAGUUUGUGGUGCUCGGAAAAUUCCCAGUACCUGUUAAAAAUACCCUUAAAAGUCUGAACAUCGCUGAUUUAUGACGAUAGUUUUCAAUUUUAUUUCUGCAUCAAAUAUUGGGACCAAGACAUAGCAUCAUAAGAAAAAAGCCCUCCUUUGUUCUGGUGAACAUGCGGUGCUCAAAUCUUCUCUAACAUCUAAGCAAAAAAACAAAACCAACUGAUGUUUUUUGUUAAUAGUGUUGUUUAAAGGGAAUUUUGGGGAGUUUGACACAUGUGGCCAACGUUAGCUUUCACGACUUUGCAUUUUUUUAGUACUUCUGGAAGUUUUGACCUGUUUAAUGCAUUAAAAAGGGACACAAACACCAUAAAGCUGCACAGUAGUUAAUGUACACCAUCUUCAGGCUGUACAUAAAAGAUGGACCUAGCCACAAUAUUUAAGUCCCAGCUGAGGGUCUCCUCUGCUGCAACAUUUGCAUCUGGAAACUGAAAGGGACUUGUGUAAUCUGUUUGUGACUCUAAUAACAAACAAAAUUUCCUAAAUGAGCAUCACGUGUUCAAGAAGACCUCAAACAAUCAGCAGAAAACUGCUUAAUCGGGUUUUAGAUCCACGGAGCUUCUAUAUAUAUGGAAGUCUUUCUGAGUCGCCCCCUGCUGGCCAUUACAGAGAAUGCAGGUUUAAGGCAGCGCUUCUAUGGCCAUAAGCUCCGUCCAUCUUUUGUUGCCACCUUAUAGGUUUAGUUUGGGUGUUUCUUUUUUCCCCACCCCAACACUUUUUUUUUGCCCCAACAAUGGUCCACAUUAAUGAAAUCAGUAAUCAGUACUGUAGAGUUGAACUGCAGCUUUUGAAAAUAGGGCUCUCCAGGUCAGAGGACGAGUCGUGGGCGCCAGAUUCCUGCUAUUUAUGAGACGUGUGCUUCUUUGUAAGACGGUAAUUCCAUUGAUGGAGUGAGGAUAUAUUUUUAGUUGUAGAUUGAGUUCUUUUCUUUUUGCCCGGUGGUAUCAUUAUCGCCCCUCCUGAGCGUGAUUUCUCUGAUGUCAUGCUGACAGACAGCGGUGACCUUUUCCUUUUGUAUUGACCCGGGGGCCGUUUGCUGAGCAAGCAUGCUCUUGGACUUGCAGCCGUUCCUCACUUUCCACAGAGCUAACUGAGGACCCUGAAAGUUGUAUGGUGUUGACCUGGAUUUGAAACAA